AAUCCUGCAAACUCGAAUGACGAGCUUCUGGAUGGCACGUCGACCCUCGGACUUGGAGCGUGUCUCCCCUCCGGUCCAGAACGACGGUCUCGGGCCUCCAGGGGAAGACCCCGGUUUACUACACUUUCCCGUGGAAGAGCCUGGCCCCAGCCCCUCGGCCUCAUCACACCUGCCCUUUCCAGCUUUGUCCCGGGAGAAGGAGGAGGAGGAUGCGGGUCCCGACGCGGCGGAGCCCAGGGUGCUGCGCAGCGAGGAGCAUCCCGGCCGGUUCUUCGCCGAGGCUCGGCGGCUGAGGGAGCAGAGGCUGCUGCUCGAUGAGGAGGUGUCCGUGGCGGGGCGCGUGUACGGCGUGCACCGGGUCAUCCUGGCCGCGGUCAGCAGCCUCUUCCGCAGCAGGCUGCCGAGCGCCGGGGGCCCGCGGCCCUGCCUCCGCCUCGACGUGCCCCCGCGAGGCUGGGAGGCCGCGCUGAGCUUCGCCUACGAGGGCGCGCUGGGCCCCGCGGCGCUGGACGAGGCGCUGGCGGCCGCCGAGGCGCUCGGCGCGCCCCGGGUCCAGGCCGCCGCGCAGCGGAGGCGCUCGGGGCUCGCCGGCGCGGGGGGAGAGAAGCCCAGCCCUGCCGAGGAGCUGCGGGAGAGUCUGCGCCGCAUCGAGCUGCUCUUCCGAGAGGGCGUCGGGUGUGACCUGGAGCUGGAGGCGCAGGGCUACCGACUGCGGGUGCAUCGAGUAGCACUGGCCUGUGGCAGCGAGUUCUUUGGGGCCAUGCUCCUGAGUGGCAUGAAGGAGUCCCAGGGUACAAAGGUGUCUCUGCGUACCAUCUCUACCCAGGACCUGCAACUCCUUGUUUCUUUUGCCUACUCUGGAGUUGUACAGGCCAGAUGGCCAGGACUGCUAAGAGCCAUCCAGGCUGCUAUGCAGUACCAAAGCUCUUCCUGCCUGGAUUUGUGUCAGAGAGCCUUGCUACAAAGCCUCAGUCCUGCCCUUUGCCUGGCCCUGUUCCCCAUGGCUGAAGCCCCUGGGCUGGAAAAACUCUUGAGCAAAGUCCGUCACUACCUCCUCACCCACUUGCCUGCUGUGGCGUUGUGCCCCACUUUCCCCUCCUUGCCAGCUGCCUGCCUGGCUGAGCUGCUCUGCAGUGAUGACCUCCACGUACUGGAAGAGUUUGAGGCCUUCAUGGCUGCGCGGUGUUGGCUAGCUGCCAACCCUGAGACCGAAGAAUCAGAGGCCAAAGCCCUGCUGCAAUGUGUGCGUUUUGGCCGCAUGUCUACCAGGGAGCUUCGGAAAGUGCGAGCAGCAGGGCUGCCCCCACCUCUGCCCCCAACCCUGCUACACCAGCUAAUGGUGGAAGCGGAGGUUCCAGGUCAAGAGAGGUGGAGGGAGCCUGAUCACGCCCUCGUGGUAAUUGGUGGGGAUGGACUCAGACCGGACAUGGCUCGAAGACAACCAUCUCGAAAAGUGUGGUGGGCGCGGGCCUUCCGCUGUGGCAUGGGCCUGGUACGAACUGUGGAGUGGGGCAGGCUGCCCGCCCUGCCUGCCCCAGGGCGCUUCCGGCACGGGGCUGCGAGCAUAGCGGGAAGUGAACUCUAUGUGUGCGGAGGACAGGACUUCUAUAGCCACGCCAACACUCUGGCUUCAACUCUCAGGUGGAAGCCCAGUCAAGAAGACUGGGAGGAGAUGGCACCUCUGUGCCAGGCUCGGAGCUUCUUCCCUCUAGUGGCAUUGGAUGGACAACUUUAUGCCUUGGGUGGAAGAGACAAUGGCAUUGCCCUUAACUCUGUGGAGACCUAUAACCCUGAGCUGAAUGUCUGGAGGCCAGCGCCUGCGCUUCCAGAACCAUGCUUUGCCCACGCGGCUGCAAUCCUGGAGGGACGAUUAUACAUGAGUGGUGGCUGUACCGGGACUGGUCAAUACUUGAAUUCACUGCUGCACUAUGACCCCAAACUUGAGAAACCUGGGACACUUUUGAGCCCAAUGGGGAUACCUCGAGCUGGUCAUGUGAUGGCUGCUCUGGGUGGGCGGUUGUAUGUGGCAGGUGGGGUAGGUGAAACUGGAGACCUGUUGAGCUUUGAGACUUAUGAACCAAAGACUGAUAGCUGGAUUCACCUGGCACCCCUGCCCUCCCCCCAUGUGGGGGCUGCAGGUGCUGUGCUACAGGGGGAGCUAAUAGUGUUGGGCGGCUACAGCCAUCGUACUUAUGCCAUUUCCCACCUUAUUCAUGCCUACUGCCCUGGCCUGGGCCGCUGGCUCUGCCUGGGAACUCUACCACGGCCUCGGGCUGAGAUGCCUGCCUGCAUCCUGACACUGUCUAGUGUCCCUACUCUGAACCAAAGCAAACCUGCUGGAUGA